CGUCCAGGCUCUUAGCCACCAUUGCGAGUUGCUGAGUGUCUGCAUAGUUUGCAAGCUGGAACUUGGCAGAAUGGCUGAGACCUGCAAAAUGAAAUACACAGUGUUGGACAGCCCUUUGGGGAAGAUGGAGCUGUCUGGCUGUGAGCGGGGCCUGCAUGGGAUACGAUUCCUCCGUGGAAAGACCCCAAGCACUGACCCCACAGAGGCCCCAGCUAGUCCUGAGUUGCUCAGUGGGCCGAAGGGACCGCCAGAACCUCUGGUACAGUGCACAGCCUGGCUGGAAGCCUAUUUCCAUGAACCUGCAGCCACAGAGGGGCUCCCCUUGCCUGUUCUCCAUCACCCUGUGUUCCAGCAAGAUUCAUUCACGAGACAGGUGUUAUGGAAGCUGCUGAAGGUUGUGAAAUUCGGAGAAAUGGUUUCUUACCAGCAAUUAGCAGCCCUGGCAGGCAACCCCAAAGCGGCUCGCGCAGUAGGAGGAGCAAUGAGGAGCAAUCCAGUCCCCAUUCUCAUCCCCUGCCACCGCGUGAUCUGUAGCGAUGGCACCCUUGGCAAUUACUCUGGAGGAGGGCAGGCUGUGAAGGAGUGGCUUCUGACCCACGAGGGCAUCCCAACCCGGCAGCCAACCUGCAAGGCCUUGGGUCUGACUGGGACCUGGCUCAGGCCGUCCCGUGGCUCCACCAGCUCCAAGCCAUCUGGCCGGAAAUGAGUGGCUGUCGGAGUGACAACACUGUAAGGGGUGUCGGAAGCGGGGGUGCAGUGGAGGUCCCACUAUAUUAAAAGCUAGAUGUGUCCUGGGGGACGGGAGUUGGCUGUCCUUUCCUGUUUCUACAUUUUCCAGCAGAAUGAGUUGAAACGACCCACCCUUGUGGAUGUCAUCAGCUCCCUUCUCUGACAUGGUUACCGUUCCAUUUUUAAUGCCUAUUAAUGUGGGGGUGAGAGUGAGAAAGGCCUUGUGAGACUUAGGGCCCCUUUGCAUGAAGGGAGAUGCGUCUGACACCUGCAGACAACAGCUAGCCACCCCAGACUGUCCAUACCGCACGGCUGACACACACAGUCAGCCUUCAAGCCAUCUAUCCUGAGGAGAUUGCAGGCCCCACUCAGUUCCCAACACCCCACCCUCGUUGGCCGGAGGAGGGACAGGCUAGGAGAU